CGUCUCCGUGGUUGACAGAAGGCGUUCAAAGACACCAGUCAGUACGUGGUCGGGGAGCUGUCGGCGCUGGAGAGCGAGCAGCGCCACAUCGACGCCCGAGCAGCGCGCGUGGAGAAGAGGCUGCGCUAUCUCAUGGACACAGGAAACAACAAGGAGGAGGAGGAGGCCAUGAUGCAGGAGUGGUUCAUGUUGGUCAACAAGAAGAACGCCCUGAUCCGACGACAGAACCAGCUGUCUCUGCUGGAGAAAGAGCACGAUCUGGAGAGACGCUUCGAACUGUUGAACAGAGAGCUGAGAGCCAUGCUGGCCAUCGAGGACUGGCAGAAGACGGAGGCCCAGAAGAGACGGGAGCAGCUGCUGCUGGACGAGCUGGUCAUACUGGUCAACAAACGGGACGCUCUGGUCAGAGACCUGGACGCACAGGAGAAAGAGGCCGAGGAGGAGGACGAGCACCUGGAGAGGACGCUGGAGCAGAACAAAGGACGGAUGGCCAAGAAAGAAGAGAAGUGUGUGGUCCAGUGACGGAGGAACCACCAGGAGGAAAAGAACCAAGAAAUGUAGCCGAUGAAAGAAGAGUAACUGAGUUCACGAUUCCUGUUUUUUUAACACAUUUCUCUCCGGUUGUUUUUUUUUUUUCGUUUAUUUUCAGAGACUCUUUUGGAAAAAAAGAACUUUAAAUUGACUCUGACUCUCCCACUCCUGCAGUGAAUCUGUUGUUUUUAUUUGAACUCGACGUUGACUUUGUUAAGAAUGGUACCUGUGUGUGACAUAAUGACACUGACACCUGACUCUGUGUGAAUGUGGUGAGAAAUCAGUUCCAGGUACAGAGUGGACGACGGGUGUUUGUUUGGGUUUUAUUUUUCUUCUUCUUUUUGUCCUGACUCGCUGCUGACACUUCAGUCAGACUUUUAAAAAUAUUACAACAUCCCUCUUUCCAACUCUACCUUUUAAUUAUGUCUCUUUAAAAGUUUUUACCUGUAAUAGGGGGCGACGAGGGGGGGGCGUGGGGGCAACAGGGCGGUUCGUAGAAUCUUAACUUUCCUAUCGCUUUUUUAUCGUCUUGGCUUGAACGCAGUUUUACCAAAAGAAGAUAUGUUUUAAGAGGAAAAUAUAAAAAAAAUAUAUAUCAUGUUGUAUAUUUCUCAUCACUGCUCAGAACGAUAGCUUUUCAAACUCUGGUUUUUGUUUUUGGCAAAACAAAAAAAAAAAGAAAGAGUUGUUAUUGUCUUAUUUAUUGCUGGGUUUUUUUGUUUGUUUUUUUGUCCUUGAUAAGCUGCUUGUACCUGAAGCUACAUCACCAUCGUCUCACACAUGCAAACUGCUGCCACGGCUUUUUUUUUUUUUGGUUUCUGUGUAUUUAUUGUAGCUAAAGAGAAGAAGAAGAAGAAAAAGAAGAAGAGGAGGAGGAGGAGGAGGAGAAACGUUGAGUUUUUGCGAGAUCCUGCACAUCGUCCGGUGCAGUUUGUUCCUCUCCAGUGUGAACUUUUGUAUCUUUAUUUAUUCCAGUGUCAUAACCUGCAAGUUCUUCAAACAAAUAAAAAAGAAUCCUCCAUGAUUUCAUUACUCCACAAA